AUGGCUACACAAUCAGCGGCUGCGGCGCGACAGCCUCUCAAAAUCCUCAUGUUGCACGGCUACACGCAGUCCGGCAACCUUUUCCAUGCGAAAAGCCGUGCCCUGAUCAAACAUAUCCAAAAGGCUUUUCCGUUACACGACGUCUCAGCCAGCUACCCCACAGGUCCUAUCCACCUCAAACCCAGCGAUAUCCCGGGGUACGAGCCGUCGAACGCAUCCAGCGUCGAGCCGGAGGAAUCCAUCGAAGCAUACGGCUGGUGGCGCCGCUCCAACACCGCAAACCCACCCCUAUAUUCCGGUAUUGAGGAUGGUCUUGCCACAGUCGCCAAGACCCUCAUUGAAGAAGGACCAUUCGAUGGCGUGAUCGGGUUCUCCCAGGGCGCUGCAUUGGCUGGUAUGGUGGCUGCGCUAUUGGAACCAGGACGGAAAGAUGGAUUUGCGCAUUUUGAAACGAGUGAGGGGAUGCCUUAUCCUGCGUCAUUUGCGGCCGGGCUCUCGCAUCCACCGCUCAAGUUCGCGCUGUGCUAUAGUGGGUUCCGGGCGCCUGGAGCUCGGUAUCGGGGGUUCUAUGAGCACCCGGCUAUCCAGACGCCAGUUUUGCAUGUGCUUGGUUCCUUGGAUGCGGUUGUGGAUGAGUCAAGGAGUCGCACAUUGAUUGAUGCCUGUGUGGGGAAUCCGGAGAAAGAUGGUUCGGUUGUUUGGCAUCCUGGUGGUCACUUUUUGCCGAGUCAGCGGCCUUAUUUGGAUGCUGCUGUGCAGUUCAUUCGAAAGCAGGUGGAGAAGAGCAGUGCGAAUGGCACUGCGCUUGAGGAGGAGGACGUUAAUGAUAUGGAUGUGCCUUUCUGA